GUGGGCGGGGCUCCGGGCACCUCCCCCCCGGCCGGCCUCGCGCUGUGGUUCGCUCCGGCCGCGCUGCGCUCGUGAGUUCCCAAGAGGCCUGGCGGGCACCGUCGCCAGCGCCGCGGACACCGGCACCAGCGCCACCGGCUUCGCAGCACCCCGCGCCUGCCGCCGCGAUGCUGGGGCUGCUGGUGGCGUUGCUGGCCCUGGGGCUCGCCGUCUUUGCGCUGCUGGACGGCUGGUACCUGGUGCGCUUCCCGUGCGCCGUGUUGCGUGCGCGCCUGCUGCAGCCGCGCGUCCGUGACCUGCUAGCCGAGCAGUGCUUCCCGGGCCGCGUGCUGCCCUCGGACUUGGACCUGCUGCUGCACAUGAACAACGCGCGCUACCUGCGCGAGGCCGACUUUGCGCGCACCGCGCACCUGACCCGCUGCGGGGUGCUUGGGGCGCUGAGGGAGUUGCGGGCGCACUCAGUGCUGGCGGCCUCGUGUGCGCGCCACCGCCGCUCGCUGCGCCUGCUGGAGCCCUUCGAGGUGCGCACCCGCCUGCUGGGCUGGGACGACCGCGCGUUCUACCUGGAGGCGCGCUUUGUCAGCCUGCGGGACGGCUUCGUGUGCGCGCUGCUGCGCUUCCGGCAGCACCUGCUGGGCACUUCACCCGAGCGUGUCGUGCAGCACCUGUGCCAGCGCAGGGUGGAGCCCCCUGAGCUGCCCGCUGACCUGCAGCACUGGAUCUCCUACAACGAGGCCAGCAGCCAGCUGCUCCGCAUGGAGAGUGGGCUCAGUGAUGUCACCAAGGACCAGUGACCACCACCUUCACACCUUGCCUGCUCCGGCCACCAUCCUGGGCCUGGGGGCUGCCUGAAGAUGGGUAGGCUGGGCUGCACUCUCUUCCAGCUGGAGUGGCCUCCUGAGCAGCUGGUCCACCCCCCUUCACCCACUGGGCCCCCCAGUUAUUGAUAGCCCUCUGUGCUGGGCUCCACGCUAGGCAGAGGGAGGGGGUGGCAUCGGCAUCCUCACCCAGCUCUGCCGUCAAGGUGAGGAUGGAUGAGCAAAGGGGAGUCCUGUCUCGCCCUACAAUGAGGCCACUCGUGUGGGCCUAGGUAGGGGAGGACACUGCCUGGAGCAGAGGGACCCACAGGUGCCUCCUGAGUCUAGAUCCUGGCUCUGACCACUGCAAGGGCUGAGGCAGGGCCAGGCCAGAGCAUCCUGGGUACAAGCCUGGCCUCUCCAGGGCCUGGGCCUGAUUCAGGUGCAGUGGGCGCUCCUGAAGGGUCAGAGCAGCAUCUGCCAGGCAGCCUCCUCUGGCUUCUGCUGAGGUGGAUGGAGGCCUGGGGCAGAGCCUGGGUGGUCAGAGGCUGGGGCUGGAGGCAGAUGGAAGGGAGGCAUUUGCCGACAGAGGACAGGGCACCCGGCUCCCCGCUGCAGUCGGCCUUGCCGCCUCCUCCUCCUCCAGUCAGGCUGGAUGGGAGGGUAGCCUUGUGGCUGAGAGGGGCCAGACUAGGUGACUGGGUGGCACAGGGGCUCCUGGAGAGGCAUCAGGCUUCCUGCUGUGGGUUCCCUUGUCGGAAGGAACAGAGCAGGCGUGGGACUCUGCAGGGGUGCCCUUGCCCACUCCCACCCCUGAGUGCCCACCAGGGCCAUGCUCUGUGACUGGGGCUGAUCCCUGCCCUCUCUGGGCCUGUAGUACCACAGGCCUCUGUACCACUCGCUGGCCCGGCCAGCAGGCAUCUUCUUAACAACUGUGCCCUCUGUAUUUAGCAUGUUCCUUGUCAGCUGCUGGGCCAGCCCUGCCUUGCACUAGCAGAGCCUCUCCUGGCAGCUUCUCAGGCUUCCCUAAUGGAGACACCAGGCUACUAGGACACUGGCUGGGGCCACCCCCUCCUGCCUAAUACCUCACCUUACAGCUGGGGAAACUGAGGACUGGAAUGCCCAGAGUCACCGAGGCAAAGUUGGGGCUGGUCCCAGCCUGAGGCUCCAGCUGAUGCCCUCAGCUCCCAGAGAGGGGGUGCCCCGUCUAGCGGGGUACGGGGGUCAUUCUUGUCAGCUCAGGGCCCUGUGCCCACCUGCCUGUGCCCCUGCAUCUGUGCCUGCACAUCCAGAACUGCCUCUUUGCCGCUGCCUCCAGGAAGCCCACCUUGAGCCAGAGCCAGGAGCUACAGCGCUGCCCCUGAUAGGACACGCCUGCCCCCACUGCUGCUCUUGACUUAUAGCCACCACUGGAAAGCUGCAAUCUUUCUGUUUUAUUUAAAGAAAGCCCAACAUUAAAGGGUUUUCAUUGCAAGCGUG